AACUGCAUAUCUCGUCUCUGUCAUUGCCCCAUGCGUUUGGUCUGCUGCGAUAUGCAAGUGAAUCGACUGUGAGCUUGUGCGAAAUGAAACCCGGGGCAAACGACUAAACUUUAGUCAAUGGUUUCUUCAGUGUGUGAGCUUGAUUUUUCAGAGUAGACAGGGCAUUUGCUCUGACGGGCGGGCUGUUUCGUGUGGGAAACAGACAGAGAGUGGAUUUGAAAGGUUGUCAUUUUAUGUCUCUUUGGAAAAGUCACAUUAUUUCUGCUGCAAGUCCGGACAUCUCAAUUUGGAUAAAAUGUUGAAGUCAACUGAUUGAUCCUCACCUCUCUGAGAUAAAAUAAGAGGACAUAUUGAGGCACGGCUGCUUUAGAGGAGGUCCACCGGCACUCCCUGACCCAGAUCCCCUGCAGGAGAGCAUGGAGGUGUUGCGGAGGUCUUCUGUGUUUGCUGCAGAGGUCCUGGAAGUGUUUGACCGCUCUCUGACGGAGAAAGAGCUGGUGUCCCAGUCAAAAGCACUGUGCCGAGACUACAUCCUCUCCAGACUCAACCAGAACGGGCUGGGUUGGUCCAGAAAUGAGCUCAACCUGCCUGCCUCCAAUGCAGCCGUCUCUGAGGCAUCGUCGGUGCUGCUCUGUCUCGGCGAUGAGUUGGAGUGUAUGCAGCCGAGUUUGUACAGGAACGUGGCACGGCAGCUCAACAUUUCUGUUGCCAUGGAGAAUAUGGUAUCGGAUGCAUUCAUCGCUGUGGCAACGGAGAUCUUCUCAACAGGUAUAACGUGGGGGAAGGUGGUGUCCAUGUACGCAGUGGCUGGGGCCCUUGCCGUGGACUGUGUGAGGCAAGGCCAGUCGGCCACAGUGCACAUCUUAGUGGACAUUCUGGGCCAGUUUGUCCGCAAGUUCCUGGUCCCUUGGCUGAAGAGACGGGGAGGCUGGGGGGAAAUCACAAAAUGCGUGGUGAGGAAGGAUCUCACCCCUGAGCAGCACUGGAUGUCCUCUGCCAUCGAGUCCUUCAAGUACUUUCUCACCACACUGUAUGUCUGUGUCAUGAAGGAGCCAUAAACGGCAAGACGGACUGGACAGGAGUCACGUUCAUGUGAGAUGGAAAUGUCAGGCUUACGGAUCAAGUGGAGGCGGAUGACAGCUUGACUGAUGUGGACUGAGCCAACCAGCAAAUACCAGUCUGUUGCUGCGUGACCAUCAACAAAUGUCUCAUCAGCAUCAAAUUCAUGCUAUCUCGGUGUCAAAUAAGUCCAUAACAGUGAUUACCCUUCAUCCAAAGAGUUGUCCCUGUUUUUUCAAAAGCAUAUAAUAUUUGGCGCUUUAUUUUUUUUUAUAUAAAUACAUGCUCACUGCCUACAUCAAUGCAGUAAACCAGUGUUUUCCAGUG